GGCUGUGUCGUAGCAUGGAUGAUCGGCCUAUUUGGUGGCACAUUGGCGAAUUUAUUAUUUCAAUAACAGCAUGAAGUUAAGGUUAUUUGUCACAGUGAUACUAGCUACACUAUUACAGAUCAAUGUUGUCGCAUCAAAGUGCUACAAAGGAAAGUCAUCAGAGAAACGAACAUUCCAGCACCGGGGUGUACGCUGUUACCUGUGCCCUCCGGGUACAUACAUGGUAAAGCCUUGUACACAGUCCUCAAGUACCAGGUGUAGUACGUGUGGAAACAACACCUACAUUGAUAGGUUUAACUAUUGCACGCAAUGCUGGGGCUGUACUCAGCUAUGUAACUAUAGAGACCAGUAUGUGAAACUGGAAUGUAGUCCCACACAAAAAAGGGUGUGUGCGUGUGUGCCUGGAAAACGAAUGUUUGGUGAUAUGUGUCAGGAUAUUACAGAGUGUGAACCAGGCUAUUAUAUGAAAAGGGAAAACAAUCAUAAGUGUGCACCAUGUCCAAGGGGCACAUAUUCAAAUACUCAUAACGUUAAUGAGAAUUGUACACCGCAUACAAACUGUACCAUGUUUGGAUUGAAGUACAAAAGAAAGGGAAAUCGCACGUCUGAUGUAUCUUGUUACGAUGAUAUCGAUGUGACCUCAACUCCACCUGUUGCUACCACUGGUGUGACAUCAGAUGAUACUAAUAAGGGAUUUUCAACAAGUACAGAUGAAGAAUCGACUACAAAAGUAGAAGAACUGCAUAUCACAGCAGAUGGUACCCACACUCAGCUCAAAGGCAUGUUUUAA